AGUCCUUAGUGCUGCAACAAAGUAUAAGAAGACACUUCUCCCAUUUUCAUACUCUCAGUCUUAGCUGCAUAAAUCGCGGCCGAACUUGCAUAUCCGACCCAGUGGUCCAAGAAGCGAUAUUACGCGUCAAAGCUCACAAGUUCCCCAAAUGCUAGCUUUGCUGGCCUUCAUUUUCUUUGGCCGCGUUCUCGCAAGUCCGGCAGCUACAACGUGCUUGAAAAACGUGGCCUUCCAUCACAUACUGGUAUUGCACUUUCUUCAGCACAUCCCGGCAGAUAUCGGAAAUGGUAACGCAGUGUGUGAAUGGACCUGCAAGAGCUUCUCGAAAGAGAUCUAUUCGUGGCAUGUUGGCUCACGAUUUCUGUCCAACUGCGGAGUGCAUAAUUUCGAUGAAAAGGAUCCCUCAUAUGCGUCCAGGGUGGAGACGAACGCUUUCCCGUGGUACGGUACACAAAACUGUUUAUGCUCCAUGGAAAGUUAUAUUCCAAAGCUCCGAGAUCCUCCAGCAACCAAGUGGUGUCGUCUGACCGAAAUCGAAACCCGGAUUGGUGCGAUAUGGAAAGCAGCAGAAGGCAAAAGGCAUAAUGUGAGCGGCUACUCUACACUUCCUGGGGUUGAUGGAUCGCAUGAUGGCUCAUCGACGACAUUCCAUUACCAAAUUUUGAAGGACUCUGUGGCCACGCUGGGUAUCGACAUCCCUCCGGGGUCUAUCCCUUGUUGAGGGCCAUCAUCGUUGGAGUAGGAUGAAAUUGCUCUCAUUCUUCAAGGCACCACUCGAAAGCAGUGGCAAUAAGUGUGAGCUCGAAAUUCAGGAUAUUCAAUUGUGUCGCGAUAACUUGCUAUUUCCCUUUACACCCAUCUGAACCUUGAACUGAUUUUAAUCGAGAUUGGCG